CGGCCAUUUACCUCUCGAGCAGACCUCGUCAUCACCUCCACAGUCAUUGGUUCCAGCUCCUCUAUAUUAAAUAUACACUGAAGAGCCAAAUAAUCCUGCCUUUCUCUCCCAGUUCUCUCUCUCUCUCUCUCUCUCUCUCUCUCUCACUGUGAGAAAUGUCUCAAGAACAUGAUGAUGGUGCUAACAUGAACAUGACACCUUCCGAUUCCAUGUCGAAUGGUAGCAUGAACAUGAAGGCCAUGAUGAUGCACAUGAGUUUAUACUGGGGCAAAGAUGUCAUAGUCCUAUUCUCUGGGUGGCCUGACCAAAAGCUGGGCAUGUACGUGCUGGCUCUUCUCUUCAUCUUUUUGCUAGCGCUAGCUGUCGAGGUCUUGUCCAUCUUACCGGCUGUCAAGCCGGGCACAAUUCCUAUUGUGGGAGCGUUUAUUCAGGCUACCGUCUACGCCUUUCGGAUGGGUUUCGCUUACUUAGUCAUGCUCUCUGUCAUGUCCUUCAACCUUGGGAUCUUCAUAGCCGCCGUGGCUGGCCACGCCGUUGGGUUCUUUAUCGUCAAGUCCCGGGCUCUUGCCGCGGCCGAACUUGGGGAGACCAUGUCCUCCGGCUCCACCGGUAUUUCUCGAAAAGUUUGAUUCUAUGUCAAUGCCUCACGUGUCUUCAAAAGAUUAUGGUGUCUUUUCAGUGUCGUUUUUGUAUAUUAUAUCUCUCUCUCUCUCUAUAUAUAUAUAUCGCAAUGUUCUUUACAUGCAUCUAGUUAUAUAAAGAAUCUGUUUGGAUGAUUGUUCAAAGUGUGAGAGUCUAAUUAAUAAGUCUGUAUUUCCGAGUA